ACUACAGGCAGUCUGUACAGCAGAGCAAACCACACAGGAAGGAGAGCAGCUGCCAACCUCAGUCUGAAGUCCUGUUGAUUUUACAGAUGUGACCAAAGGAGAGUGUGAGGAGCUGCUGAGACGAGCUGAACUGCAGGCGCAGUUGGUGUUCAUCUGGAACACACAUACAGCUGGACAUGGAUUAUUGGUGCCGUCUCCACCGCUUUGGAUUUAGUUAAGACACUGCACAACCCUGCGCCUCCUUCCGUGUCCUCCCCGGUGAAGUGAGUGCACCAAGAACAGGUGGAUCCUGUUUCUGUGUUCAGCUAUAUCCUUCCCUUCAUCCACCUGUCACCCUUAUGGGGAACCAGGUGGAGAAACUUACGCAUUUAAAUUACGCAGAGGUGCCAACGUCGGACCCAAAUGGAUUCGACCCGGACGACGAAGGACCGCGGAUUGGCGUCUCUUACAUUUUCUCCAACGACGACGACGACGACCAGGACGACCAUUUGGACCACUUUUCAUCUGACAGCCACACGGUGAACCACGAAGAGAAGCCGUUCGACCCACAGGAUGAGCUGGAGUGCGCGAUUUACUACCGAGAGGAGAGUGUCUAUGAGAGGAGCAGCGGAGCCGCGACGCACUCUGCGGAAAGUCUCCUGAACAAGUGCAGACCGGGAGACCUGCUGGAGUUUGUAGCCACUGGACAGUAUCCUCACUGGGCUGUUUACGUCGGAGACUUCCAGGUGGUUCAUUUGCACCGGGCUGAGAUAAAGAACAACUUUCUCGCAGAUGUGAGCCAGGGCAAAAAAGGCAGGAUAGUGAACGGCCUCUACAGGUACCGUGCGCUCCCGCCGGAGGUGAUUGUGCGCAACGCUCUGGACCACGUGGGGUCCAGAGACCAAGAGCUGUACUGGAGGAACUCGGAGUGUUUUGCCGCCUGGUGCCGCUUUGGCAAAAGGGAGUUCAAAAUUGGAGGGGAGAUACGGAUUGGAAAGCAGCCAUACAGGUUAAAAUUACUCUUUUCAGAGAAGAAGAAUCACGUCCUGGAGUUUCAGAGCCUGGAGGACGUGAUCAUGGAAAAGAGGAGGAACGAUCAGAUAGGCAAAGAUGCUGUGAUGCAAGAGCUGGCCAACCACCUGAACGCAACACAUGAAAUCAAAGAGGAGCGUUUUGUCAACUGAUAGAGGAUGCGCUGGUCAGCUUCAGUGGGAAAUCCACAGUUUCGUUCUCAUAUACCGAGGAUGUGUGUUGGUGAGGGAACAUUUACGGCUCCAGAGCGUUGUCCAUGAGCCUGUGCGCUUGUGCCACACUCCAAACAAAUGUCCAUGUUGAAAAGGAGUUAAAAUUCAUCUUGAAAAUCUUUUUAUUUUUUUUCUCCAAAGUGAGAGGAAAUGCUCUAACAUCUGGGGUGGCACUUGUUCCAUUCUUAAGUGUAUUAGUGAAGCAUAUCACAAGGGUCAAAACAAAAUUUCCACAAGUUGAUUUGCGUUGAAAACAAGUGAAAAUUACAGGCCCCCGCCGGCAGAUUUCCUUCCUCUUUCUAAGAAAAAAAAAAAAAAAGAUUUUACACACUCAACCCAAGAUUAAGUGACUUGUAAUGGUGGAUACAUUUGCAUCGGAGCUGCACCUGCAGUCUAAUCAUUUGGGGAUGAAGUCAGAAUGAAAUUGCCCAUAAUUAUCUUUCUAAUCCAAUGAGUCUUUGCACAGAGGAGCAAAACCUCUCCAAUGUACUUAUACCUGAUGAGAGUGCUGAAAGCGCUUGCUCCUCUACAACUCAGGUGUUGGAGACCGAUGCAGAGUGGAAGAGACACGACAGCUUUUCUUAUUGUGUCAACCUUGAGGAUUCCCUUCCGUUGCUUUAUAUCUGAUCAUCACACAGCUUUACCCACUCUUUGACUAUUUUGUGGUUCAUAGCUAUGACUGUGCACUUUUAUUGAUUCAUCCCUUUCAACAGUUUAUUUUUUUGGAAAAUGUUUGUAUGAAGGAAUAUGGAAAUAAAUCUAUAUUUGAACAGUAA